AUGGCCGAGAGGCUCAGCAUCCUUUUGUUGUCUUCAUCAGUGAAGUUCUAUUUUCUGAGUACAGUUCAUGCCCACCAGUUCUUCACCUUGGAAGAGCUUCAUCAUCCACCAUUUCUGCAUGAUGUCAGCCGUAAGGCUCGAGAGAGCUAUUAUAAAAUCCUCUUCAAUGAAAAAUUGUCUAUAGCUGAACAAAAAAUUUCUGAACCUUUUCAGGAAGAAGUCAAGAGCCUCUACGGUAAGAUGGGGAAGCGCAUGGAGGAGACGAACGAUGAAGUAGCCAAGCUGAUUGGUGCCCUACCAGUGGCUCUUAAGAACCUCACUGCAAUAAUGAAGAACGAGAACCAGACGAUGCCUCAGAUGAUGAUGGCCUUGGAAGCACUGAAGGCUGAACACCCUUCGGUAGGGGCUAAAUUAUUGCUGUACCUGCCAGAGGUUUUGCAUGUCGAAAAUUUUCUAAGAGGGAAAAUAGGAUCGGAUAACCCGACGCGACUAUCCAAGUCGUUGAAGUGA